AUGACAGCAAGACGUCUACGAACAAGUGCAGCUUUGUUCUUCCUUGGACUCUUUGGAGUCUUAGAGACAACAACAAUAUCGUGCAUGAAUGAAGAAGGUGAAGCUGUGGAUUGGUUUGUCUUUUAUAAGUUUCCUAGAAAUCAAGAAAAGGAAAAUGGAGCGACUGGGUUAGAGUACCUGUACUUAGAUUCUACAUCUAGAAGCUGGAGAAGGAAUAAGCAACUAAUGAAUGCCACCAAAAGCAUUUUGGGAAAGACAUUACAACAAUUAUAUGAAGCAUAUGCCUUCAAGAGUAACAACACAGCCUAUCUAUUGUACAAUGAUGGAGUCCCUAAGUCUGUGAAUUACAGCAGAAAGUACGGACACACCAAAGGUUUGCUUCUGUGGAACAGAGUCCAGGGUUUCUGGUUGAUUCAUUCUGUUCCCCACUUCCCUCCAAUUCCUGAAGAAGGCUAUGAUUAUCCACUCUCAGGGCGACGAUAUGGACAAACUGGCAUCUGCAUAACUUUCCAUUACAACCAAUAUAAAGCAAUAGAUUCGCAGCUCUUGAUCUACAACCCAAAUGUCUACAGCUGUUCCAUCCCAGCCACCUUUCAUCGGGAGCUUGUUCACAUGCCCCAGCUAUGCACUGGGUCCAGCUCAUCAGAGAUCCCUGGCCAGCAACUCGCCAUGUUUCAGUCAGUCCAGGGACAAAAAUUCCUCCAUUUUGCAAAGUCUGAUACUUUCCAUGAUGACAUCUUUGCAGCUUGGAUUGCUCAACAGUUGAAGACACACUUGCUAGCAGAAACCUGGCAGAAGAAGAGACAAAAACUUCCUUCAAAUUGUUCCCUUCCUUACCAUGUCUACAAUGUCAAAGCAAUUAAGAUAUCUGGAAAAUCUUAUCUUAGUUCUAGAGAUCAUGCCAAAUGGUGUAUUUCCCUAAAGGGUGCCCCAAAUCGCUGGACAUGUAUUGGAGAUUUAAAUCGGAGCCCCUUCCAAGCCUUCAGAAGUGGAGGAUUCAUUUGUACACAGAAUAUGCAUAUUUUCCAGGCAUUUCAAAGAUUAAUUUUGUAUUAUGAGAAUUGUAACCAAACUUGA